GUAAUUAUGAUGGGGUUCUAUGACAGUUCCACGACUGAAGCAGCUGUUCCUAAAUUGGAGCCAGCUUGGCACCGAUGACAGAGUGCAACUGGACGCCAAAGUUGCUAGCUGGUGUUGCCCUAACAGACGACAGCUUUAUAAACCAUUGCAGGAGGCUUUGAUUCGGUGGGAGACGGUCCAGGAUACACAAGGCGCUCCCGGCUGCGAGCCAGGUAUGGUUUCGUUUUCGUGCGAUCCACAGUUGGAGGAGGAGCUAGUCAGCGUUAUAUACAGUUUGGAGCUGUUGUUUACGAAGAAUUGCAGGGGCAAAGAGAUCGAUAUGGACUAUGAAAUUGGUCGCUGCACAGACAUCAAAGGGGAGAUGUCCUUAAACCUGAAUAGCGACACUAAUCUGCGUUCCAUGCUCAGUCCGAAGGAUAGAACACCGCAUUCCGUGCACAGUUGUGGUUACAUCGCUGAUUUCAAGAAAUCUGAUGAUGAUCUCAGUGGAUAUCUGACUAAUUAAAUGUGAAAUUGACCUGUUUCCAUCGAACAACGAACUGCGUUUCGUUUCUACAUUCUUUCUUUAUAUGCAUACAUCAAUCGCGGUCAUUUUGAAUAAUAUAGUGAUCUACAGAUACGAGUCUGGAUUUUUUAAACGACAUCUUAAUUUUCAGCGGACAAGGCGUGAGAGACCAUACGAUAUGACGUGACAUGAAUUUAAAAAGUUUUUAAACACGGUAACAACUUUUUGUCAUCUUACCUUGAUCAGUUAA